CCUAGCCAGAGUUCUCUCAAUAGCCUGGGUGAAGGCCAGAAGUUAGCCCUGAGGCCAGUGUCCUAAAACAUUUUACUCUCAGAGAUGAGACCUUUCUUUUCAAAGAACUGAAGGCCAGUUUCUCCUCCAAGAAGAUCCUUCCCUCCCUAUCUCAUGGUGGCUGUGUUUGGUUUGUAGGCCCAUCUGGAUGGAGGGGCACAGUGACAUGGACACACUAAGGACACUGAAAGGGUCUUCCACAGGGGAAGUCAAUGUACACCUGGUGGCCAGAGACAGUGCAGGUGCCCGUCCUCACCUGCCUGCAACUGCCUUUAUAAUUCCUACCAAUGCAGCUCCCCUUGGUCUACCCAGCUCUGCCCUGGAUGUAUCCUACCUCCGGGAGCCAAUCCACGUGGGCACCCUGGAGCAGGUGGCUGGUGGCGAACCAGUUACAGCCACCAUUCUGCCGCAGCUAGGCACCGGACCAGGGGCCAAUAGCACAGUCAGGCUUCUGGAUUGGACAGGGGUUUCCAGUUCCUCAGCUGGGCGUGGCCUGCGGUUCCAGAUAAGCGAGUACACACCACUGAACAUGAUAGCGGUGGAGCGACCACCAAGCCCGGAGGGGCGGCAAGAAGGCCUGGUCCGACAUGAAGGUGGCUCGAUUGGAGGCGACAAGGGUACCCAGCACCCCGAUGCCCACCAGGACCCUCAAGAAAUCAACUCUCAGGAACCCCCGGAAAACACGAGCUCCUGCAAGUGCCAGGAUUGUGGGCCUCAGCAAAGCAUUGGCCCAGAUCUUGGUUCUUCGGACGACCGCUGCCCUCAGCUUUUCCAGAAGCGGUCAGUCAUAGUAGAAAAUGCAAGCUGUACCAUCGCUUCUGACCUCCUAAAACCCAUGAAAAAGAGAAAGCAUAAGGAGUACCAGAGCCCCUCAGAGGAGUCAGAGCCAGAGGCCAUGAAGCAAGAAGAAGGAAAAGAUCCAGAGAGAGAGCCCACCACUAACACUCCAGAGAGUGCAGAGUGGAGCAGAAGCCAGCUGGUGUUGAGUGAGAAGAAGGAAGGCUGGUCCUGGGAGUCCUACCUGGAGGAGCAGAAGGCCAUCACUGCCCCGGUCAGCCUCUUCCAGGACUCCCAGGCAGUCACCCACAACAAGAAUGGCUUCAAACUGGGCAUGAAGCUGGAAGGCAUUGACCCCCAACACCCGUCCAUGUACUUCAUUCUCACUGUGGCUGAGGUCUGUGGCUACCGCCUGCGCCUGCACUUUGAUGGGUAUUCCGAGUGCCAUGACUUCUGGGUCAAUGCCAACUCCCCUGACAUUCACCCUGCUGGCUGGUUCGAGAGGACUGGACACAAGCUGCAGCCUCCCAGAGGUUACAAGGAAGAGGAGUUCAGCUGGAGCCAGUACCUGCGCAGUACAAGAGCUCAGGCAGCCCCUAAGCACCUGUUUGUAAGCCAGAGCCACAGUCCUCCACCGGUGGGCUUCCAGGUGGGCAUGAAGCUGGAGGCUGUGGACCGCAUGAACCCAUCCCUCGUCUGUGUGGCCAGUGUGACUGACGUGGUGGACAGUCGCUUCCUGGUGCACUUUGACAACUGGGAUGAUACUUACGACUACUGGUGUGACCCCAGCAGUCCCUACAUCCACCCCGUAGGCUGGUGCCAGAAGCAAGGAAAGCCCCUCACCCCUCCACAAGACUACCCAGACCCUGACAGCUUCUGCUGGGAGAAAUAUCUAGAAGAAACUGGGACCUCAGCUGUGCCCACUUGGGCCUUCAAAGUGCGACCCCCUCACAGCUUCCUGGUCAACAUGAAGCUGGAGGCUGUAGACCGCCGGAACCCAGCACUGAUUCGGGUAGCCAGUGUGGAAGAUGUGGAGGACCAUCGGAUAAAGCUCCACUUUGAUGGCUGGAGUCACAACUAUGACUUCUGGAUCGAUGCCGAUCACCCGGACAUCCACCCUGCGGGCUGGUGCUCCAAGACAGGACAUCCCCUGGAGCCUCCUCUCCGCCCCAAAGAGUCCAGCUCUGCCUCACCUGGGGGCUGCCCCCCUCUCAGCCACAGGAGCCCACCUCACACAAAGACCUCCAAAUAUAGUGUUCACCACCGGAAGUGCCCCACUCCUGGCUGUGACGGCUCCGGCCACGUCACAGGCAAGUUCACAGCUCACCAUUGCCUCUCUGGCUGCCCGUUGGCCGAGAGGAACCAGAGCCGGCUGAAGGCGGGGGAGCUGUCCGACUCAGAGACUGCAGCCAGGAAGAAGAAUCUGUCUAAUUUGUCCCCAAGGAAAAAGCCUCGCCAUCAUGGCCGGAUUGGACGCCCUCCAAAGUUUCGCAAGACUCCACAAGAAGAGUUCCAAGCCCUCCCUCCCAGUGUGGUGCACCAGUCCCUCUUCAUGUCCACCUUGUCGGCCCACCCUGAUCGCUCACUCUCUGUGUGCUGGGAGCAGCACUGCAAGCUCUUGCCAGGAGUGGCAGGCAUCACAGCCUCCACAGUCUCCAAGUGGACCAUUGAAGAGGUCUUUGGCUUCGUUCAGACCUUGACGGGCUCUGAGGACCAAGCACGCCUCUUCAAAGAUGAGAUGAUUGACGGCGAGGCCUUCCUUUUGCUGACACAGGCGGACAUUGUGAAGAUCAUGAGUGUCAAGCUGGGCCCAGCCUUGAAGAUCUAUAACGCUAUUCUCAUGUUCAAAAACACUGAUGACACCUUCAAGUGACUGGCCGGGUGGGCCCUCCUCCCACCCUUGCUGGGCCCCCCUCUGCAGAGGUGCUUCUUUUCCAGCCUUGAGUUCGGCACCCCUGUCCUCACUGUCUGACUAGGCUGGCCCUUCCCGGAAGGUGUGUGAGAGCAGAGGAGCCUGGGAAAGGGGGGUCUUGGCCCUCAGCCUGGGAGUUCAUUUGUCUCCAGUUGCCCCAGUGACAGUGUUACUAAACUGAGGCCUGACUGAUAGAAAGGACUACAGAUAUCCUGGCAAGGGCAGC